AUGAGUCAGCACGCGGGCCCGAGGGCCGAGUCGACUCACCACCGACUCUACGAGUUCGCGAAAGCUGCACUCACCAGGAUCUUCGUGCAUCCUUACGCUACGGUGUGUGAAUUGUAUUGCGGUGGAGGAGUUGAUGCAGAGAAAUGGGACGAAGCUCAAAUUGGCCAUUACAUUGGAAUUGAUGGUUCAUCAUCUGGAAUAAGCCAAAGAAGAGAAGCAUGGGAGAGCCAGAGGAAGGCUUAUACUGCUGACUUUUUUGAGCUUGACCCUUGUAUGGAAGAUGUAGAGAUACAUCUGAAAGAUCAGACAAACCCGGCAGAUUUAGUUUGCUGCUUGAAGAAUUUGCAGCUGUGUUUUGAAACUGAGGAGAGAGCAAGGAAACUAUUGUUUAACGUAUCAUCCUUAUUGAAGCCGGGGGGUUAUUUUUUUGGUAUUACUCCUGACUCAUCUACAAUAUGGGCAAAGUACCAGAAGAAUGUUGAAGCAUACCACAAUAGAAGCAGUGGCAUGAAACCGAACAUUGUUCCCAACUGCAUUAGAUCAGAGAACUACAUGAUCACCUUUGAAGUUGAGGACGAGAAGUUCCCGUUAUUUGGAAAGAAAUACCAGCUGAAAUUUGCUAAUGACAUCUCUCCUGAAAUUCAUUGCUUGGUUCAUUUCCCGAGCUUCAUCAGGUUAGCCAGAGAAGCUGGUCUGGAGUAUGUGGAGAUUCAAAACUUAACAGAAUUUUAUGAUGACAACAGAGCACAAUUUGCAGGCAUGAUAAUGAAUUUUGGUCCAAACCUUGUGGAUCCUAGAGGAAGGCUUCUUCCUCGAUCAUAUGAUGUGUUAGGUCUGUAUACCACAUUUAUAUUUCAAAAGCCAGACCCUGAUGUUGCUCCCCCACUUACGACACCAUUGCUGCAUGAUGUAACUUACAUUCAGGAUGAGAGAGAGUGGCAAGUGCCAGUGACGACUGUCUGGAGAGAUGAUGAAAAGAGCGUACCGGUAGAGCCACCUCCUGGCCUGGGCAAGAUUAGUGAACAAAAAGGGAUUUUGGGUCCUGGCCCUGCUGAGUUGCGUUUUUCUGAGGCACUUUGA